AUGAAACAUAGUAAUGCUCCGAGGAAUCGCGUAACUAGGAGACGUAUAGUAGAGGAAAUUAUACCAGGGGGAUAUAAGGAGUAUGUUGAGAAUUAUGAAUCGAAGCGUUUUAGAUCAAAGGAGAGUAUAGACAAUGGUAAAAAAGAUUGUGAUGAAAAGUACGAAGCAGCAAAUUACGGAUUCAGAGAAAAGUGCCCAUACGACAUGCCUAGGAACCAUGGUUAUGGAGGACCAAAUCUGACUGUGUUAAGGCAUAAUUUCCCUAUGAGAAGUACUUUUUAUGAUGAUAAGUCAGGAUCGCUGAUGGACACACUUCCAGGUUCAUUAAGGGCAUGUGAUAAAAUAGUAUAUGGAAAAAAGAAAAAGAAUCGAAAAAAACCAAAGAAGAAGGUAAAGGAAGAACCAGCAGAAUAUCAACUAAUAAAUAGCAUGUGUGGUGGAUUGAAGUUAUAUGAAGGGGCUGAAGGAGAGGGUAAUAGCAGAUUCAAAAAUCAGCUGGAAGGGGGUUUAAGAAAGGGAAAAAAAGUUGUAAAUUCAGGGGAGGCCGACAUGAAGAAUACGCAAACGGGAAAACUAAGAGAGAGAGAAGAGCGAGAUGGUUUACGAGAAAAUGAUAUGAAGAACACGCAAACGGGAAAAUUAAGAGAGAGAGAAGAGCGAGAUGAUGGUUUACGAGAAAAUGAUAUGAAAAAUAGGCCCAAGGGGGGAUUGAAGGACAGGCACAGAACGGAGGAUGACUCCCAGGACAAUGAAAUGGAAACCCAGCCUGAGGAGGAAUUGGAACAGGGAGAAAAGGAGGAUGACUCCCAGGAGAAUGAAAUGGAAAACCAACCUGAAGAGGAAUUGGAGCAGUGGGAAAAGGAGGAUGACUCCCAGGAGAAUGAAAUGGAAAACCAGCCUGAGGAGGAAUUAGAGCAGGCAGAAAAGGAGGAUGACUCCCAGGAGAAUGAAAUGGAAACCCAGCCUGAGGAGGAAUUGGAGCAGGGAGAAAAGGAAAAAGACUCACAUCAGAAUGAAAUGGAAACCCAGCCUCAGGAAGGACUGGGUGAUGGCCAGGAUAUAAACAAUGUGAGUAGUACUACCACCAAGGAUACAACUCCAGAUAUGCCAGAGCGUGAACAGGUAGACCAACCAGCGGGUCCUUGUGUAAAAUACAAGUAUCAGGGUAUAAAUGAUAAUGCAAAUGCAGAUACAUCAACCGAUAUUUCUGCAAAAUACAAGUUUCUAGGUUUGAAGGACAAUGAAAAUGUAGACCCAGCAGCCGGUACCUCUGCAAAAUACAAGUAUCAGGGUUUGAAGGACAAUGAAAAUGUAGACCCAGCAGCCGGUACCUCUGCAAAAUACAAGUUUCUAGGUUUGAAGGACAAUGAAAAUGUAAACCCAUCAGCCGGUACCUGUGUAAAAUACAAGUUUCUAGGUUUGAAGGACAAUGAAAAUGUAGACCCAUCAGCCAAUACUUCUGCAACAUAUGGAUACUCUACUACGGGUGGUUCAACGGUAGGAAUCAACACUGGUGAAGACACAGAUAAAUCGUUAAGUAGUGGAACUGAUGGAGCCUCGUCUGAUACAUCAAAUGGCAGUUAUAAGGAUGAGUUACCAGAAAAGGAAGCCCAAAAUACUGAAACCACAAAUGGUCUAGGAGAACCUGGAAAGAAAGAUGAAGCGCCACUUGGUUCCGGGGAAAGUUCCCGUUCUAGUGUAACCAAAACUGAGACGGAAGAAUCUUUUUUUUAUUCGUUGUAUAAGUACCUAAAUCCAAAGGCUGGCGAAAGUGAGCAGAACAAGGAUUCAUCUUCUGAAGGGUGCACAAAUACUUACCCUAAGGAAAAGGAAUCCCAAGAGGUGAAUCAAGAACCCAAUGCUCCUUUGACGUAUCCACCUGCUGCUAUCAAUUUGUAUGAGACUGAAACGACAGGAACAGGUGCUGCGUCAAAUGCCAGUUCUCAUGUUGGAUUAGAAGACGAAACUAAGGGAAAACAACCACCAGCCGUUUCUUCAAUUGAAAAAUGUCCUGUUAUAGAACAACCUGAGAAAUUAGAUGCAAAAGUUGAAGAAGGCAAAGUUGAAGAAGGAAAAGUUGAAGAAGGAAAAGUUGAAGUGAAAGAAGGAAAAGAAGAGUUUGGAGAAUCUAAAGAUAAUUCUCAACAUGAAAGUCCUUCAAAUAGUUUAGAAGAAGCGGAAAAGUCAAAGGAUACAAAAGAAUCAAGUGAAACUAAGCCUAAUGACUUACCUACAAAUAAAGAAGAGACCAAGGGAGAUAAGUCAAAGGACGCAUCAUCAAAAAGUCUGAGGAAAUAG